AAUCAUUUUUACCUCUACAGAAGUGGGAAAACACGACGACCGUGAGGAUCUCGGUGCCUUGAUGUGGUCUCCUAAUAAAGAUCUAACAGAGGCCAAAUUGGAUGAAUACAUAACGAGUGCCAAAGCGCUUUAUGGCUAUGAUGAGGUGCAGGCGCUCGGCUGGCUCCUGGUGCACGAGCACGACAUGGAGGCAGCCCUGGCGGACAUGCCAAACUUCACUCCUUCGGCUGAAGAGUGGACAGAGGAGGACAAGUCCUUGUUUGAUAAGGCUUUUGACAUCCAUGGAAAGUCCUUCAAAGAUUUUCAGAAAAUGGUAACUUCUGUGCAGAGGCCAUUAAUGAUACAUAAGGGUCUGUUAAAGCGCUAG